AUGCCGAGGGAGUGCCUGGAGCUCCGGGACCCCUUGUGGACGGCGUGCUUCGGUGUGCUGCUGAGCAGCGCGAAGCUCGAGUCUUUCGCAGGCGCGGUCGUCAUCUGCACGUCCAACGAGGCGCGGUCGAUGUCGCCGCUCUGCUCUCAGAGCUGGGUGUUCCUCGGGUCACGCCUGCUGCAGGAGCCCUGCCUCGAGGUGUUCGAGGACGCCCUCAACUCGGAGGCCGCUGACGAGCUGAUCCAGCAGUGCCGCGACAUUGACUACUGCAACCUGUCGAAUUGGAUGAACGACGCAACAAAGAAAGACGGCACCGUGGUCAUUUUUGCCGCGAAGGAGUCGGAUGGCUCUCUGGGGUUGCGUGGGUUCUUAUCCUAUCGGAUGGUCGAAUCGCGCAGCGAAUUCCACAUUGCCUUCAUAUUCGUGCCUCGGGAGUUUCGACACGGCGGCUACGGAGGACGCCUGGUCAGGUGGGCAAUAUCCAAGGCGCAGCGCAUGCCGAAGUCCAAGUGUGCCUGGGUCUCUCUGGAAGCGGCAGACGACGAUCUGGUUCUGUGGUAUGAGAAGUUCGGGUUCACGGACAUGACGUGUGGCCACGACGAUGACCCAGACGCCCUCAUCUGGAUGGAGGCAUUUUUCCUUCUUCUGACUAUGGUGAACACUCCGCUGAUGUCGCUGAAGGGGUCUCCCAGCGUUGGGCCCCUGGCCUUCUCCAGGCAGUCCUCGCCGUGCGCCGCGGCGGCGCUGUCUCCUGCCGUUGGACCCCUGGGCUUCUCCAGGCAGUCCUCGCCGCUCGCGGGACCGGCGCAGCCUUCGCCCAUGCUCGCGUCGAGGCAGUCCACGCCCAAGGUGGAGUUUGCGCUGAUGCCGCCCCAGGCCAUCCUGGAGGACUCGCCCGUCCUGGAGGCCUCGCCGUCCGCCGGCCUCCCCAGCCGGCGGUCCCCGCUUCGCGGGGAGCUCCUGGAGCCGGCGGCGGGCUUGCCCUCGCCCAUCAGCCUCUCGAGGCAGACCUCGGGGCAGGCGUCCAUCAUCGUCUCGGACGUCGAGGACGGGGGAAGAGGGCGCUGGCUGGAGAAGAGCCAGAAAGGGGAGCCUGCGAUUAUCCUUCGGCUGCGAGGACGGCACGAGUGGCGGCGCGGAAGAUGCGCAGCAGUCCCCGUCGUGGCACGCGUCACGGAUGCCCUCUAA